AUGACGGACUCUAUGGCAGCCCACACCUUCAAGGCCAUCCCAGACCUCGAAGCGCUGGGCUACGACGUCCACGGCUCGACGCCUAACUCAGGCGACUGGGUCAGCUCUGUGGGCCGUGGCGCCGCCGACCUGCUCGGCAUCAAGUACCUCGACGUCUAUGAGGAGCAGCUUUCUGAGGUCACGCACCAGGUGUAUGAUCUGAUGGGCGAGAGUGAGGCGCAAGACUUGAUCAUUUUCCGAAACCACCACUCCGACGAGAAGGAAGAGACCUACAACCUGCUCCACGACAACACCCCGUUCGGCGCGGGGGCACAGAAGAUGAUCGACGAGUUCGCGGAGAUGCAGGGCAAGUACAUCGUGGCGUUUGGAUACGAGGCACAGGCAUCGGGCGUCUUUGUCUUCACUAUCUACUUCUGGAUCUGA